AUGACUGAAUUGACUCGCCUCAUGCCGAGAUCUACUUCAGUGGAAAACGCCUAUGACUUGAACAAUCAAAUCUAUUACAACUCGACCAGCGACUAUAAUCUUUACCGGUCUUUGGUCAGCAUUCGCUGUCAGAAGGGUACCUUUUUUGAGGACCGACAACUGGAGAAUAAGUUACUCUGUGACCUUGUUAAGGGCUCAACAAAUAGUGUACAAUGGGUUGGUUAUUCGGGCACAUCGCUGCCUCUCCUGAACUGCAUAGGUAAGUCUCUCCAGAUGAAAAAGGAAUUAAUCAAAAUGGCAUUUUAA